GCACCCCAAAGGCCUCCAGGAUGAGCUACACGUUGGACUCGCUGGGCAACCCGUCCGCCUACCGGCGGGUCACCGAGACCCGCUCCAGCUUCAGCCGCGUGAGCGGUUCCCCGUCCAGCGGCUUCCGUUCUCAGUCCUGGUCCCGCGGCUCACCCAGCACCGUGUCCUCGUCGUACAAGCGCAGCGCGCUCGCCCCGCGCCUCGCCUACAGCUCCGCGCUGCUCAGCUCGGCCGAGAGCAGCCUCGACUUCAGCCAGUCCUCGUCCCUGCUCAACGGCGGCUCGGGACACAGCGGCGACUUCAAGCUGGCCCGCUCCAAUGAGAAGGAGCAGCUGCAGGGGCUGAACGACCGCUUUGCGGGCUACAUCGAGAAGGUGCACUACCUGGAACAGCAGAACAAGGAGAUCGAGGCAGAGAUCCAGGCGCUGCGGCAGAAGCAAGCCUCGCACGCCCAGCUGGGCGACGCGUACGACCAGGAGAUCCGCGAGCUGCGAGCCACCCUGGAGAUGGUGAACCACGAGAAGGCGCAGGUGCAGCUGGACUCCGACCACCUGGAGGAGGACAUCCACCGGCUGAAGGAGCGCUUCGAGGAGGAGGCGCGGCUGCGCGACGACACGGAGGCCGCCAUCCGCGCCCUGCGCAAAGACAUCGAGGAGUCGUCGCUGGUCAAGGUGGAGCUGGACAAGAAGGUGCAGUCGUUGCAGGACGAGGUCGCCUUCCUGCGCAGCAAUCACGAGGAGGAGGUGGCCGACCUGCUGGCCCAGAUCCAGGGGUCGCACAUCACCGUGGAGCGCAAAGACUACCUGAAGACAGACAUCUCGUCGGCGCUAAAAGAGAUCCGCUCCCAGCUCGAGUGCCACUCGGACCAGAACAUGCACCAGGCGGAAGAAUGGUUCAAGUGCCGCUACGCGAAGCUCACCGAGGCGGCCGAGCAAAACAAGGAGGCCAUCCGCUCGGCCAAGGAAGAGAUCGCUGAGUACCGCCGUCAGCUCCAGUCCAAGAGCAUCGAGCUCGAAUCGGUACGUGGCACCAAGGAGUCCCUGGAGAGGCAGCUCAGCGACAUCGAGGAGCGCCACAACCACGACCUGAGCAGCUACCAGGACACCAUCCAGCAGUUGGAAAAUGAGCUUCGGGGCACAAAGUGGGAAAUGGCUCGUCAUUUGCGGGAAUACCAGGAUCUCCUCAAUGUCAAGAUGGCUCUGGAUAUCGAGAUCGCCGCCUACAGGAAACUUCUGGAGGGUGAAGAGACCAGAUUUAGCACAUUUUCUGGAAGCAUCCCUGGGCCUCUGUAUACACACCGACAGCCCUCCGUCACAAUAGCUAGUAAGAUUCAGAAAACUAAGGUCGAAGCUCCCAAGCUCAAGGUCCAACACAAAUUUGUUGAAGAGAUCAUAGAGGAAACCAAAGUCGAAGACGAGAAGUCAGAAAUGGAAGAAGCCCUGGCCGCCAUUGCAGAGGAGCGUGCUGCGGUGUCCAUGAAAGAAGAGAAAGGAGAAGAGGAGGAGGUGGAAAAGGAAGAGGAACAAGAAGCCGAAGAAGAAGUUGUAGCUGCCAAACAGUCUCCAGUGAAAGCCACUGCACCCGAGAUCAAAGGUGAGGAGGAAGGUGCAAAGGAGGAGGAAGAGGAGGAAGAGGAAGAAGAAGAUGAGGGUGCUAAAUCCGACCAAGCCGAAGAAGGAGGAUCCGAAAAGGAAGGGUCCAGUGAGAAGGAGGAAGGUGAGCAGGAAGAAGAAGGAGAAACCGAAGCUGAAGGUGAGGGAGAGGAAGAUGAAGCUAAAGAGGAAAAGAAAACGGAGAAAAAGAGUGAAGAAGUGGCCGCCAAAGAGGAGCCGCUGCCAGAAGCCAAGGUGGAAAAGGCAGAGAAAGCCAAGUCUCCAGCGCCCAAAUCCCCCAGGGAAGAGGUGAAACCCGAAGUCGACGCUGUAGCUGGGAAAGCUGAGCAGAAAGAGGAUGCAAAGAAAGUGAAGGAAGAAAAGAAGGAAGUGAAGGAGCCCCCCAAAGAAGAGAAGGUGGAGAAAAAGGAGGAGAAACCCAAAGAAGUGCCCGAGCAGAAGAAAGCGGACUCCCCAGUAAAGGAGGCCGUGGUGGCCGAGGUGGUGACGGUCACCAAAACCGUAAAGGUGAGCUUGGAGAAGGAGGCCACAGAGGAAGAGAAGCCACAGGCCCAGGAGAAGAGGAAGGCAGACGAGGAGGGAGGGAGCGAGGAGGAAGGAAGUGACUCCGGCUCUAAGGAAUCCACCAAGGAAGAUAUAGCUAUCAACGGGGAGGUGGGAGGCAAGGCAGAGGAGGAAACUACAGAGAAGGGCCGUGGGGGAGAAGACGAGAAAGGGGUCGUCACAAACGGGUUCGACUUGAGCCCAGCUGACGAGAAGAAAGGGGGUGAUAAAAGUGAGGAGAAAGUUCUGGUGACCAAAAAGGUGGAGACGAUCACCAGUGAGGGAGGAGAUGGUGCUACCAAAUACAUCACCAAGUCUGUCACGGUCACUCAAAAGGUUGAGGAGCAUGAGGAGACCUUUGAGGAGAAACUAGUGUCCACUAAAAAGGUGGAGAAAGUCACUUCACAUGCCAUAGUCAAGGAAGUCACCCAGAGCGACUAAGCUAGGAGUCCCGCUGCAAAAGGUUAAGCCAUAUGACAAUUUCACAAUGCAUGUGAUCGACAGCUUCAAAGCCGAACGGGUUCUCCCAUGGGGGCUCCAGACGUUGUAUUUCCCUUUGUGCAAUAGGAGGGACCUGCAUGCAAGCUCAGGGUGCUCCCUCCUCAGUCUUUGGGGGCUUCAAAUGCAUGAUAUCGUAUGUACCUGGGGAAUUUGCCAAUUUCCUAAGCUGUUGGAAGGGGGGCACUCAGGGGGGAGGGGGAUGUCUUGAGAUGUAUUAUGCAAAGAACCAACUGAGCCAAAAAUAAUAAGUGAAACACAGAACUCUCUUAGCCUUAAGAAAGCUAUAUAUGAAUAAUUAUGUUUACCUCACUGGUGCAUUUAAAAUGGACUUUGUUCAUGGGAGAACCUCGUUGACAUGCAGAGUUCGCAACAAUUCAACAAUUGAUGUCAUAGCAGUACAUGCUCAAUAAAGGUCAUAUUGGAAACAUA